AUGAGGAUGGAAGCGGCUGGGGAAGUGCAGGCGGUCGAGCGGGCCCGGGGCCCCCACGCGCCGCCAGCUGUGCCUGCAACCGGCUCGGGCCUCGGGGGUGCUGCGGCGCGGCCCCCGGGCAGCUGGGGCAAGUGGGUCAGACUCAACGUGGGGGGCACGAUCUUCCUGACCACCCGGCAGACACUGUGUAGGGAGCAGAAGUCCUUUCUGAGCCGCCUCUGCCAGGGGGAGGAGUUGCAGUCGGACCGGGAUGAAACAGGGGCGUAUCUCAUAGACCGGGAUCCCACCUACUUUGGCCCCAUCCUGAAUUUCCUUCGUCAUGGCAAGCUUGUUUUGGACAAAGAUAUGGCUGAAGAGGGGGUCCUAGAGGAAGCUGAAUUCUAUAACAUCGGCCCCUUGAUUCGAAUCAUCAAAGAUCGACUGGAGGAGAAGGACUACACAGUGACCCAGGUGCCUCCUAAGCAUGUCUACCGAGUACUGCAAUGUCAAGAGGAAGAACUUACUCAGAUGGUCUCCACCAUGUCUGAUGGCUGGAGGUUUGAGCAGGAGGAGGAGGAGGAGGAAGAGCGGCAGGAGGAGAAAGUGCAGGUGGAGGAGAAAGUGCAGGUGGAAGCCGAGGCAGAUUCAGACGAGAAAGGUUCCGCCCGGUCCCCUCUCAGGCCUGAGGCUGAGCUCUGUUGGAGGGUUUCCCUUUCUCUCCCAGUCCUGCAGAGCUCCCAGUCCCUGGGAGGAAGAGAACAAGGUAACCUCACUGAGGGGGGCCUCGUCACAUCACCUCUGGCCUUCAGUUUCCUCAUCUGUAAACUGGGGCUGCGAACCUUUGCCUUGCCUACCUCACAGGGCUGUUGUGAGGAUGGAAUGAGCGGAUAA